UGGCUCAGUUUCAAUACGACGAUUCGAUGUAGCUGAAUUCAGAAGUAAAUCGAGCUGAUACAGCUUUUGAUUCGUCGAAGAUACAUUUCGGCGGGUUUUUGUUCGUGAAAUUCGAUUCGUUUAAAUUUUCAGAAUUUCAACGAAAAUCACAUGCGUUGUUAUUUUUACCAGAGAAUUGAAAGAAAAAUUGUGCAGCGCUCAAAAAAUUGCUUGGUGUGACAUCAUCGAGUCGAAGUCAUUUGCAAAUGUAUUGAUCAUCGAACAAUCUCGAUUGGUGCUAUCGAUUGGGUUUGUGUCGGCUGUUAAUUUUACCGUUAAAUCAUAGCACAACGUCUUACAUUGUGUGUCGCGUACACAACUGCUGCACCAACUCUCAGUCUUCUUGGAAUUUUACAACAUCGAUUAGUGACGAUUUUCGACCACACACCGAUACAGCAGCAGCAGCAGCAGCAACAGCCGCAACAACAACCAUUCGUAUCAUUCAAUCGAGUUUUUGCAAUCAUGUCAAACGUAAUUUAGUAUUGUUCUCUCUCGUAUUCAAAGUAGAAAAUUUUGUAGCAUUCCGAAUAGAAAAAAACAAUUGCACGAUAAGUAAAUCGAAAUAAAAGUAAAGGGGAAAAGGUAAGCAAUGGCAACGAAGAGUAUUUUUGAUUGCGAGUCACUUGAUGCACAUAGCGAUGAACCGAAACGGCAACAAAUCACAUACGAUGACGACUUAUUUGGAUUUGGAUAUGAAAUGGUCGAUGAGGUCGAUGCCUCCCCGAAAAAUGUAAGUAUUUCCGUAACGUUUGCCCAGGAUGCAGUGAAUGGCCGAAAAAAUGGUAAACGUAAAGCGCGUGUCAUGUCGGAAUUUGAAAGAGGACGACUGUUCAAGGUAGCUAAGACAAAUGUGCCGUCCAUAAAAGUGUCUACGAAUGGUUCAUCUCGACGAACCGUCGAGACGGAAUCCCCGUCGAAAGACUACAAACUGCUACGGGAAAUCGGAUGUGGUACAUAUGGCAAAGUGUACAAAGCAGUGUGGAAUAGUACCAAAGAAGUGAUUGCCAUCAAACGUCUCAUCUGCAAAUUGAACGUGCCACAUGCGAAAGAAAAUCUGGCAUUCCACAAACGGGAAUAUGACAACCUUCAUGAGCUGCAAAAAUGUGAUAACAUUGUGACGUUGUUGAGCGGCCGUGAAGAUCAAAUCACAGAAGAUGAUCUACAGGUGGAUUUAUUAUUUGAAUAUUGUCCGUAUGAUUUGCGAAAAAUCAUCUCAAAUACACGAAUCAUCUUCACGUUCAGCGAGAUCAAAGCGUUCCUUCGACAAAUGCUCCUCGGUUUGGAUUACAUGCACUCAAAAUCGAUUAUGCAUCGUGAUUUCAAAACGGAAAAUAUCCUGCUGACCGUUGAUGGUGUUGUCAAAAUCGCUGACUUCGGUUUGUCGCGUAAGUUCACCGAUUCAGGAGACUCCCUUGAAAAGGAAAGAUACACUCCCUGCGUUGUGACCCAAUGGUAUCGGUGCCCUGAAUUAUUGUUACAUGACACCAAGUACAAUGAAAGUGUUGAUAUGUGGAGCCUUGGUUGUGUGAUGGGCGAAUUUUGGAAUCGCAACCCCAUUUUACCCGGUGAAAAUGAGCUCGGUCAAAUCAAAUUGAUUUCCAAACUUUGCGGAACAAUAUCACCGAAUGACUGGCCAAAUCUCGUGAAUUUGCGCGGCUUCCAACAAAUUGGCCAGCUACCCAAUGACACUCGCAAAACGCGUACUUAUCUGAAGAACAAGCCGCCAAUCUUAACACAUGAUCAGGCGAACGAUUUCUUUGACAAGCUUAUGCGAUGCAAUCCCGAAAAACGUUUGAGUGCUUGCAAUGCACUGAACGACAAUUUCUUCUACAAGUUUCCGCUGCCAUCAAAAAGUCUGAAAGACUUCAUGAAACGCAUUUUGCCAAUCCUAUGUGCUGCCAAAGAUCCGACCAAAUCCAAAAUUGCCAACCCGGUGUUCAGCUAUGUGUAUUAGUUUGAAUGGAAUUCACUGAGUAUCAUUCGGUUGCACGACAUUCUCAGUGCAAAAGGCUGGCCAUUUUUCCUGCCUCUCAAGUGAAACGGUAAAUGAUGGGCGAUAAUAAUUAAUCUGGAAAGAUGUUCACUUAACCUAUAAUAUACGGUUUCGGUGGGGACUAAAAUAAUUAUUCUUAUCAUUUUAAAAGAAUGAAUGCCAAACUAACCAUGUGAUUGUAGUUUGGAUUCAUUUCACUUUUGAGCCAAGAAAAUAUUUUUGCUCCGAGUUUGACGCGCCUCUUUGAAUUUUGCAUUGGCUAAUACAAAUCCCACAUAGUAUUGAAUCGAUUCAUAUUCACUUUGAUAGUGAAUAAAAAAACAAACAAAUAAAUAAUGAAUUGCAAUCGAAUCAUUUUGUAAAUUGAAUGAAAAAAAAAAAACAGAAUAUUCGCAUAGAAAUGUAUAUAAAAUAACCUACUCCAUUCAAAAAUGACAAAUCAUUACAAUUAUUCAUAAGAAUCAAAUUGAAUAAACUGAAUCAUUUGAAA